AUGGAGAGUUUCCGUCGCUACAACGUGGAGCGAUCAUGUCUGCGCUGCCACGAGCGCAAAGUCCGAUGCGACAAAGGCUCACCAUGUAACAAAUGUGUUCGUCUCGGCGAGGUCUGCGAAUACCCAGGACCACGGAGAGUCAAGCGGCGGCCACCAAAGACAAAAGUCACUGAUGUUGUGGCUCGUUUGGAACAGCUCGAACGAUCGAUUGCGACACUAGCUGGGAACUCGUCAGCAGUACAGACCCGACGACAGCAACCGCAGCAGCCGCUUCCCAGCGCUGGGCCUACAUCGGUGCCAACUGCGGCUCAGCGGAAUGAUAUCGGGACAGCAUCAAGUCAUCGUUCACCCCGGGAAUCGCAGCCAAACCAUGGAUUUUUGGUGAAAGAUGGUGCUUAUAUCGAUGAGCCCUUUUUGUCCCGAGUAUUGGAGAAAGAGCAAGAGCUGCAGUCUGCGAUGGGGACACCGAGUACUGAGUCCGGGGGCUCAGGGAAGCCGUCCCCGCUCAAAGUGGACGGAAUAAUCACCAAUCCGCUUUUGACCGAAGUGGAUUUCAAGGCUCUCUGUCCAGAUCGGUACCAGGCGACUCUGCUCUGGCAGACCUUCUUGAGCCGUGUUGAGCCGGUUAUCAAAGUACUUCAUAUCCCCACAACGCAGCCCCGUAUCUUUGCCGCGAUAAAUCGACCCGAAAGCGUUCGGCCGGACGUUCAUUGCCUCCUUUUCGCUGUCUUCUUUGGUGCCACGACAGCCAUGUUAUCUGAUGACCCUAUGAAUGAGCUUGUUCGUGCGGAUCUGCGUCGAUAUCAACAGGGUAUCGAGCUGAGUAUUUAUAACUCGUCCUUUCUGGACUCACCUACGCUAUCUUCAUUACAAGCAAUGUCGAUAUACCUGACAUGUCUGCGCUACAGCAACAGUGGCAGAUCUGGAUUUACAUUGCGCGGUCUUACAAUCCGCGCAGCGCAAUCUAUUGGCCUGCACCGCGACGGAGAAAACUUCAAACUAUCACCUCUAGAAUGCGAGAUUCGUCGUCGCAUUUGGUGGGUUCUGUACUCAACCGAUGCCCGCAUGGCCGAGGACCACGGUAUUCUUGUGGCGGAACAAGAAUACGGAAGCGACACCAACUUGCCUUCAAAUAUCGACGACCAAAAUAUAAGCGAAAAGACAACCCAGCCCGUCGAAUCCAAGAAGCGAUGGUCAGAGAUGUCAUUCAUGCUGAUUAUCAACGAAAUCAAUCGAAUGUGGGCUCCGAUUUCCCGAUCCACAGACAACUCACCCGAUGGAGCUCAAUCAACUCGAUUACUGAAUCAACUCAAAGAUCGCCUGCACGAACGAUUCAUCCAACAUGCCGAUAUGGACAUCCCAAUCCAACGACAAGGCGCAAUGCUUGCCCAGGUACUUGUCGCCAAAGCCGAAGUGCACAUGCGACAAAAAGUCCUCCAAAUCCAAGGUGCGGCCUCCUCCACCGUUGAUACAGAUGCUACGGAUGAGCUCCUCGCUAUGGCCGUUCAGGCCUUGGAUCUUGGUCUUGAGAUGUAUACCGACGAGUUACUCCGCGGAUUCCGCUGGCUCACUUCAACCUACACCCAAUUUCAUCUUCUUACGUACAUCCUUUGGCACCUUUGCGUGUACCCAGCCGGCCCGCACAAUCAAGCAGCCUGGCACGGUGUCAAUCGGCAUUUCGACUUGGCAGAAAAUGAUCCCUCCUGGCCGGACCCGGGCCCAAAAUGGCCGAUGCUGAAACAGCUUCGGGCCAAGGCACUGAAAGUUCGACAUGCGCAUAUUGCUGCUACGUCGAACGAUCAAGCUGCGGAUUAUGAAAACAACAUGCAGUUUGACGUGGGCGGUUUACCCAAUGAGGCGCUUUUGAAUAUGGAUAAUUGGGAUUUGAACUGGCUCGACUUUCCGGAUUGGAAUUAUUUGGCACAGAGUAUUGCUAUCAUGGGGCAAGAUAGUCAUUGA